AUGGCGAUCCCAUCUGACCAUUAUCCUUACUCUUCCGUCCAGCAAUCGGAACCAGCUGAACCUCUUUCCUUGUUCGCUCAGACUUUGCGCGAAACCGACGAAGAGUUCUAUGCUACUUUUCCUCAGGCAAGGGCGGCCAGGCAGGCUCAAAUUGAGGCCCAGCUGAACCAUGGCCAUGACCCAGCGGUGAAUUAUGGCUUUGGAGAGGGCAUUUGUUACGAAGCCCCUUCUUCGUUACAACCUUCCCCGCAUCGCGAGUCUAUGCAAGUUGAGUACCCAGGUCUUUACUAUGACUAUGCAAGCAUCCAGCCUAUGGCCAUCCACCCGACAACCCCUUCCCAGAACUUUGACUCGAAUCAAUCUAACCGGCCUAACCAACUCUACCAAAUUUAUGCCCCACCUUUGGAAAGUCGACCCGACCUAAACACUUAUCCGCAGGUUAAUCAACUUCCCAGCCCGCAGCAUUGCUCUUAUCCCUGUUGCAAAUCCCAGUCACAUGUGGUGGACCCUAUCGUGUCCGCUCCUGCACCUGCAUUCCGACAGACGAUUUCAACGAGAACGGAAGUACCCCCUCCUUUUGACCCUACUCCCCAAUAUCGUACGAUGGCUGACCCUACCUGGCCAAAUCCGCCUGCUUUAACGACGCCAACUCCAAGGCAUCACACGGUGCAGGAACCAACGGUCAGAGUCAGAUCUCGCGACCAUCCUCCACGCGUUCAUGGUCAUGCACGUCAUCAAAGCGACUAUCAGACUCACGCCCCGUCGUCACAUCACACUUCAGUGUGGCGGGCUCAUCGUUCUGUGUCGCCGCGACCCUUGAUGCCAUUGACCCCUCUUCCAAUCAAACGUCCAGCGGAAAAGAAACCCCCGCUUGCAUGCCUCUUCUGCAGAGGUCGUAAAAUUGCAUGUGGACCUCCCAUCCCAGGAAGCAAGGACAAGACUUGCAAUCAGUGCCAACGUCGAUCUCUGAGAUGUGAGUACCCAUUGGAAAGUCGGCGCGGCAUGAGGAAGAAGAAAGUCAACAAAGUCAACAUCAACACCGAUGGCCCGAAGGUCACGCUCACAAGAAGCAAAUCUUAG